AUGCACACGAAGACGGAUGGUGAAGAGGAACAACGACCAGAAAUCUUCCUUCUCUUGCCCUACGUGAAUAACGUCACCGAAGGCACUGAGCGCAUGCUAAGGCCGCUAGGCAUGGGUCUUGAACACCGACCGGAGGCCACCAUCCGCCGUUUAACCAUGCAGCCCAAGAAUCGGCUACGACCUGCAGACACGUCAGGCGUCAUUUACCACGUCAAAUGUCUGCACUGUCUAGCCAACUACUGCGGCAUGACCGACAAACGACUAAAAACGCGCAUGCAUGAGCACACUUUGGUCGUAAGGCGAAAGGACGUACGAUCGCAUGCCGCCAUGCACUGCCUCGAAAUUUAUCACAAGUUCGACUUCGACGGCGCCCAAGUGCGCGGCUUAGCCGAAAGCAAACUGGCAAGGGAAGUAAUCGAGGCCUGGAAAUCAGACAGCAACUCUAUCAACCGCAGUUUCGAUUUACCAGCGCCAUACGAGGCCGUCAGGCACCAUCUACGCGCGAGAGGGGGGCCAACGAGAAGCUAACGGGACGACCCCAUCGGGUGAGAGUGCAGAUGGCCUAUUUAAACCCUGUAUUUCUCACUUAGCCUAUCUCCGAAGAUGUGCUCGAGCAUGAACACGAAACGUCAGAUGAAUAAACCUUCUUCCUCAGAGAUCGCCUCAUCCUCCUCUUCCAUAUAUAUAUAUAUAUAUAUAUAUAUAUAUAUAUAUAUAUAUAUAUAUAUAUAUAUAUAUAUAUAUAUAUAAGAAGACCCAAUUCCUCAACAAAACACGUAACCUAGAACAAGCACAAGCACCUGUGCCCGAACCGUCAGCCGUCCACAACCUGUCAUCUAAACAGCUGACAGAGGACCAAAUUAAAGUGCUUCAACAUGAAUCCGGCUACAACACAGGAGACGCACAGCCAGUAGAUUUUAUCGCUGCACUAGAAGUGGCCCUCUCUAAAACGGAUGCCGCAGAAGACUCUAAGAACGCGAUUCGCCAACGGGUCGCAUCCCUCAUCAUAUCCCAUAGGCCACGCCGAACCAUCACCUCGGCAGAGCUCAAGGCCAUAAGGAAAUUAAAGAAUGACGACGAAAUUGUCAUUGUUCCAGCAGACAGAGGACGGGCAACCGUGGUCCUGAACAAGUCGGAGUACGUGACGAAAGCCCAAGAGCUACUGAACAACGACCAGUCAUACAAAGUCGUUGACGCCGACCCCAUGAAAACACUGGUAGGCAAAAUCAACAAGAGCCUGAACAAAAUGAGGAAUCAAAAGGCAAUAUCCGAGAAAGAUUGGAGACAGAUGAAACCGGAAGACGCUGCCCUAGCGCGUUUCUAUGGUCUGCCGAAAAUCCACAAGCCGAAUGUUCCCCUACGACUUAUUGUGGCGCUGAAAGGCACGCCUACCUACGGACUGGCUAAAUGGCUCGCAAAGCAUUUAAAGAGGCUGACAGACGGCUCAGAACACACAGCCGUAUCUUCAACACACUUCCUGGAAAAACUCAAAGGGGUUGUAAUAGCCCCCGACGAGGUAAUGGUAUCCUUUGACGUCGUCUCCCUAUUCACCUCUACCCCAAAAGAAUUGGCCAUGAAAGUCAUAAAUGACCUACUGGAGAGAAAGUACGACGAAGAGGGGAAACCGUUUAAGCGGAAGCACGUGAUGGAACUAUUGGACUACUGCCUACGCACGUACUUCACUUUUUAUGGUGAAAUUUACGAGCAAAUCCAGGGAACCCCAAUGGGGUCUCCGAUUUCCGGCUAUCUGGCUGAGGCGGUCAUGCAGGAACUGGAAGCUCGAGUCUUUCAGUCCUACAAGCCGAAGUUCUGGAUGCGCUACGUGGACGACACCUUUGUCAUCUUACACCGGGACGCGAAAGACAACUUUAAAAGGCAACUGAACUCGGUCUUCCCACAAAUUCAAUUUACCAUGGAGGAAGAAAAAGACGGAGUGCUUCCUAUCCUCGACGUUCAGGUAACGAGGCAAGAAGACGGAACGCUUCAGACUGGUGUCUUUCGAAAAGCGACAAACACGGAGAAAAUUCUCCACUACAACAGUAACCAUCCCCCGUCUCAUAAACGCAGCUGCGUCCGGACGCUUUUUCGUCGCAUCAACACACACUGCAGCACAGAGACCGAAAAGCUGCGGGAGCGUGAAACCCUAUGGCACCUUUUCCUUGCCAAUGGAUAUCCGCGCAGUUUCGUAAACAAAUGCUUAUAUCAAAGACAUACGAGGGCCGACCGUGAGAACACGCAAAGGCCUGCAACCUUCCGCGUUCUGCCUUAUGUGAGAAACGUCUCCGAAGCCACUGAGCGCAUGCUAAGGCCACUAAGCGUGGGCGUUGGACACCGACCGGAGGCCACCAUCCGCCGCUUACUCAUGCAACCCAAGGGCCGGCUACCACCUGCAGACACGUCAGGCGUCAUUUACCGCGUCAAAUGUCUCGACUGUCUGGCCAACUACUGCGGCAUGACGGACAAACGUCUGCGCACGCGCGUGCAUGAGCACUCCUUAGCCGUAAAGCGAAAGGAUGUACGCUCGCACGUCGCCAUGCACUGUCUAGAAAAUAAUCACGUGUUCGACUUUGACGGUGCCCAAGUGCUCGGACGAGCCGAAAGCAAGCUGGCGAGAGAAGUAAUCGAAGCCUGGCAAUCAGACGCCAACUCGAUUAAUCGCAGUAUUGAUCUACCAGCUCCAUACCAGGCCAUCAAGCACCACUUGCGCGCGAGAGGAAAACCAAUAAGAGGAGAGCGAGAUCGACCUAUCAGGCGCGGGCACGAAUGGCCUAUUUAA